AUGCCUCUAACAAGAUCGUGUGUCAGGCUUGCCCCUCGGGUACCUUCUCACAGCCCUUGGAAGAUUCCAUUGGCGAGACCUACAUCUGUGUACCAUGUGCCAAAGGAAGAAGCCAACCUCUUGGCGCGGCCACAUCGUGCAGUCUUUGCAAAUCAGGUUGGGAAAGCUGGGUCGCUCCGGUCGCCUCCGUGGGGGGCAACGCCCGAAGUGACCGUCUGCGCAGUAGGAGUUGGCCAUGUCAAUUUGCCAAGCGUUGGCAAUGUUGUAGUGAUCAGUUCAACACAACAGGACAUUUCAGGACAUUUUUGCAUAGUGAAGGGAGCUUUCCCAAGCAAUGGGGUUGAACCCCACAAUGCCAAGCAUAUUCAGACAAUCGGAGGCACCUGUCCAUACCUUCAUGCAGGCGAGUAUCAGGAUGAGAUUGGGAGCAAAACUUGUAAGCGCUGUGAGAUUGGCCUCUACCAGGACGAACUGGGAGCUGAAAUGUGCAAGAGCUGUCCAGCUUCCACCACGACCCUGGGUUUAGGAUCGGUCAGCCAAAGAGAUUGCGGUUGCAAAAAAGACACCAUCAACAUCGAUGUGUCAGGUUCUUACAAUUGCGUGCCCUGCAGCGAAGGUUUGACAUGUCCACUGGCAUCCACGCUCGCUGACUUGCAAAGCGGCGAAAGCUAUCUCGGCCAGCAGUACACCCCGAAGGUCCAGGAAGGAUACUUCACCACAGUGUUGGCGCCCACCGAGGUAUAUCGAUGCGGAACUGUUGCGGCCUGCCCUGGUGGCAAGCCUGGCUCAUGCAGUGGUGGGCUCACGAACACGCCCUGCGCCCAAUGCCGUCCAGGCGCGACCUGGACUGGAAACCAGUGCGAAGCGUGUGAAGGUUGGCGCCAAGUCCUGUGGGCCAUGGCCGUGGUCGGCAUCUUUGUCUUCCUGGUUCUUUUGUACUACUUAACCUCAAGCAAGGUUACAGCUAAAGCGACCGUGCUGUUUGCCACCACUGCAUCAUUUGGAAUGCUCGUGAUGUCCAUGCAAAACUUGGGGCUCAUUGGUAUGAUGACGAUUGACUGGCCUGUAGAUCUCAAGGGAAUCUUCAGCGUUUGCCAAUUCCUCCUGCUUGACAUUGACAGCUAUGGAUUCAGCUGCAUUGCAGGCUCUGUCGCGCCGAUCCGAUACCUUCUCAGUGCAUUGAUCUUUCCUGUUGGCGUGGCUUGGUUGGGGCUUUGCUAUUUACUUUCUAAACUCCUGCCGGCAAAUCGCCGCUGGAAUGGGUCCAAGACAGUCAGUACUUGCGGAGCUUUUCUUCAAGUCGGAUUUUCCACCAUGUCAGCAACAUCGCUUGCUCCAAUGAUGUGCUACAAGCACCCGAACGGUUUGAGAAGCGUCUUGAAGUAUCCAGACAUCAUUUGCGGAUCUGACGAGCACACAGCUAUGCUUGUCAUUGGUUGGAUUCUGCUUAUUGUCUUUGUGCUGGGCUUUGUCACCUUGUGCACCUUUGCAGUCUAUCAAGUGCCAACUUGGAGUGCUAACCGCAGAGAUCAUUUGGUGGCAGGGAUUCGCUUCUUGGUGUUCAGAUUUCGCCUUGACUCCUGGUGGUUUGGUGUGCCUUUGCUGGUACGAGGGCCUUUGCUCUCUUUGCCGGUGGUUUUGGCCACUGACUAUCCACCAAUCCAAGUUAUCGCCAUUGCUAUGGUCAUGGCUGGCUUGCUGGUUCUGCAGAUGCUCUUCUGGCCGUGGAAGGUGCCCAUGCUGAACUUGACGGACUGCACUGUCUCCUUCUGUAUCACUUUGCUGGUCACCACGUCGAGCUUGCACCUCGAGAUUGUUGAAGGGCCUAUGAUGCAAUUUGCCGAGGGUGUCUCAACCGCAAUGUUGAGUGGCAUUGGCAUUGCACUUGCCAUCAUGGUCUUGAUGACGGGAAGUGCUUUGAUCUAUCGCUCAGCACUGGGAGGGAAGAAGGAGCUUCGUAUGUUCAACCUGGGGUCGGUUCCCACCUCUGCCAAGCUGGCCAAACGGAUGAAGGAGAUGUCUCUGGAGUUGGAGCGCAUGGAGACACAGGACGUUUCACAUUCGCUUGCAGCUUUGGCCAUCUUCGACAUGAACAAAGUGACCACGGCCAUUACCCUUUUGGCUACCGAGGUGGCCCCACCUGCAGAGGAUGCUGUGACUUACAAGUUCAAUCCGCGCAUCAACUCGUCAUCCUUCGACCCGGCGCUCACCAAGAGCAAGAAAUCCUUGCGUUCAAGCCGGUCAUCCGACGUGCAGGCCAAUCCAGUGGAGGAACUCGACAACCAGCCAAAGACCGAUGUUCCUUUGGAGGUCCAAGAGGACAACACCAACAGAUCGUCGCGCGGCCAAGAGGUGCUCCAGUCCUCCUGGCUCUGA